CCAUUUAUUCUGGAAAAACAGAUGCUUAAUAAACAUGACUGGUAUUGCACCAUGCUAUUUCUGAGGGUCUCCGGCCUCAAAGGAGCCUUAGAGAAGGGAGUCUUAACUAAGACUUGUCUGGAAAAACUCCUUUAAAAAUGAGAUGGAAUUGAGACAUUCUUAAUAAACAAAAACAGAGAGCAGACCUUCCCUACAAGAAAUGCUAAAGAGUUGAAAUGUAAGGACACUAGGCAGUAACUCAGAUCCACACAAGGAGAUAAAGAAUGCCAGUAAGUGUAAGAGUCAAUGUUAAUGUAUGUUUUGUUUGUAACUGCUUUUUUCUUACAUGAUUUAUAAGACCGCUGCAUAAAACAGUAACCAUAAGUACAUGGUUCCACUUACAGGAAGUGCUCAGUGCUAUCUGCGUUGAUAGGCACACAUGUAUAUGUGACAAAAACAACAGGGAGUGGGGACAGCAAUUUUUUCAUUGUAAAAUAUGUAUAACAUAUGAUUUACCAUCUUAACUAGUUUCAAGUGUAGGGUUCAGUGGUAUUAAAUACAUGUAUAAUGUUGUACUGCUGUCACCACUCUCCAUCUCCAGAACUGGUUUUCAUCUUGUAAAACUGGAACUCUAUACCUAUUAAUCAAAAACUCCCCAUUCCCUCCUGCCCCCAAGACCCUGCAGCCACAGUUCUGGUUUCUGACUCAGUGAGUCGGACUACUCUGAGCACUUCAUGUAAGUGGAGCCAUGUGCUUAACGUCUUUUUGUGACUGGCUUGUUUCACUUAAUAUAAUGUCCUCAAGGUUCAUCCAUGCUGUAGCAUAUGUCAUACUGCCUUCUUUUUUUUUUUUUUUAAUAACUCCUAUUGAUUUUGCACAUUUUAAUUCUUUGGGUGGGGUAGUGGUAAUUAGGUUUAUUUAUUUUGUAAUGGAGGUACUGGGGAUUGAACCCAGGACCUUGUACAUGCUAAGCCUGCACUCUAGCACUAAGCUGUACCCUCCCCCCAUACUUUUUUGGGUUGAAUAAUAUUCCCAUGGUAUGUAUAUGUCGUAUUUUGCUGACCCAUUUAUCCAUGGAUGGACAUGUGGCUAUUGUGAAUAAUGCUGUGAUCAUGCAUAUACAGUUUUCUCCAGGGCCCUGCUUUCAGUUCUUUGGGGUAUGUACCCAGAGGCAGAAUAGCCAGACCAAAAGGUGAUUCUGUCUUUCAAGGGGCUGCCAUGUUUCCCACAGAAGCAGUACCAUUUUACAUUCCCACCAGUAGUACAAAGGGUUGCAGUUUCUCCAUACUUGUCAAUGCUUUGUUUUUUAAUUGUAGCCACCCCACUGGGUGUGAGGUGGUAUCUCAGUUUUGACUUUUAUUUCCCUAGUUAGUUACCAUUUUGAAGGCAGAAGGAAGGAAAUAAUAAAGACUAGAGUGGAGAUGAGUGAAAUAAAGAAUAGGAUAACAAUAGAGAAAAUGAAGCCAAAAUUUGGUUCUUUGAAAAUAUCGAUAAAAUUGAUAAACAUUUAUAGCUAGGCUGACAGGAAAAAGAGCUCAGAUUACUAAAACAAGAAAUGAAACUGGGUAUUACUACUAACCUUAUAGACUAAAAUGUAUCAUAAGAGAAUGGAAGACCGUGUACAAUUGCAUGCCAAAAAAUUAGGCAGGGAUGAAAUAGAAAAACUCCUAGAAACACACAAACUACCACAACUGACUCAAGAAGAAGUGGAAAAUCUGAAUAGGCCUGGAACAAGAGACUGAAUCAAUUCUACUAAAAACCUCCAGCAAAGAAACUGCCAAAGCCAGAUGGUGUCUCUGAAUUCUACCAAACCUUUAAAGAAGAAUUAACACCAAUUCUCAAAGUCUUCCAGACGGAAUUACUGCCUGAUUCAUCCUAGGAAGCCAGUAUUACCCUGAUACUAAAAUAAAGAUAUCACAAAGUAAGUACAGAUCAAUAUCCCUUAUGAAUAUAGAUGAAAAAGAAAAAAAUUUCUAAGUGUCAGCAAAUCAAAUUUAGCAGAAUAUUAAAAGAAUUCUAUAUCAUGAGCAAAUGUUUGUCCACAAAAUGUAAGGAUGGCUUAACAUUUGAAAAUAAAGUAAUACAUCCUAUUAAUCAUUUGAAGGGGUUGGGGAAACCCUACAUGAGCAUCUCAAUAGAUCAGGAGCAAGAUAGGGAAGUCAGCUUUGGUCUGUUCAGCGUGCUACUGGAAGCUUUAGCCAGGUCAGUUAUACAAAAGACAUUCAGCUUAGCUCUUCACAGAUUACUUGAUUAUAUAUAUAUUUUUUAAAACCCUAAAGAAUACACAUACACACACACACACACACAAAACUAACAGCUUGUGAAAGCAAGGUUUCAGGACAUGACAUCAAUGCACAAAAGUUAGUUGUAUUCCUGUUCUUGCAAUGAACCAUGCAAAAAGUAAGAAAACAAAUCCAUUUAUGAUGGCAUCAAAAAGAGUAAAAUAUUUAGGAAUACAUACAGCCAAGGAAGUAUAAGACUUGUACACUGAAAACUACAAAAUACUGUUGGAAGAAGUUUUUAAAACACCUAAAUAAAUGGAAUGACAUUUCAUAUUCAUAGUUUCAAAGACUUAACAUUGUUAUGAUGGCAGUACUUCCCAAAUUAAUCUAGAUUGAGCCUAUUCUUGAUCAGAAGAAUCCUAACUGACUCCUUUGUAGAACUUAACAAGCUGAUCCUGAAAUUCAUAUGGAAUUGCAAGAAACCCUAAUUAGACAAAACCUUGAAAAAGAACAGAGGACUCAAAAUUUCCCAAUUUCAAAACAAUACAAAUUGAAAAUAAUCAAAACAAUGUGAAACUGGAUUAAGGACAGAUAGAUCAAUGGAAUAGAAUUGAGUUCAGAAAUAAACCCAUAGUCUAUGGUCUACUGACCUUCAACAAGGGUAGUAAGACCAUGCAAUGGAGUAAAGUCUUUUCAACAAAUGGUGUUGGAAUAACUAUAAACCAAGUACAAAAGAAUGACUUUGGACCCCCUACCUGACAUCGUAUACCAAAAAUAACUCCAAAUGGAUCAAAGACCAAAAUCUAAGGAGCUGAAACUACAGAACUUUGAAGGAAACAUAGAUGUAAAUCUUUAUGACUGAAGAUUAGGCAAUGGUUUCUUAAACAAUAAAAGAAAAAUAAUUUUGGACUAAAUCAAAAUGUCUAAACUCGUGCAUCAAAGGAACACUGUCAAAAAGUCAAAAGACAAAUCACAUAAUGGGAGAAAUAUGUACAAAGCAUAAUCUGAUGAAUGUAUUGUCUAGAAUAUAAAGAUCUCACAUUACAUUAUGUAUUCUCUUACAGAAUACAUAAAUAACCAAAAUACAAACAAUCCAAUUUUCAAAUGGGCAUAAUACUUGAAUUUUUUGAAAUAGGAUAUAUAAAUGACUAAUAACACUUGAAAACAUACUCAGCAUCAUUUGCAUCAUUAGGCAAAUGCAAACAGCAAUGACACGUUUUCACAGCUUCCACUGGGAUUGGCUAUAUAUAUUUUUUAGUCUUAAAAAAAAAACCCAAAAUAAUUAGUGUUAGUAGGGAUUAGAGAAAUUGAAACCCUCAUACACUGCUGGUGGGAAUGCAGAAUGGUCCAGCUGCUGUGGAGGACAGAUGGUCUGGUUACAACAACCUGCACCAUCUCCCCCGGCUCUUGGUUGACCCCAAAGCCAGCCCUGGAAGCGUUAACAACCCCAGUUGGUGUUGCUGUCCGUGGUCCUCACAGAACGUGCAAGCCUGCGCUUGCCACCUGUUUUGCUGUCCGUGGUGCUACCGAAUGGUUCUUUUUUAAUGAUCAAGAAAAUGCUGCAUAUUGAAAGAGCAGAUUUCUGAAACACAGACUAGAAUACAGUAAUAAACAUGAGAUUUUGGCUUUUGCCGACGUGUGUUAGGGCUCUGGCCUAUGUGUCCCAUUCACACUGAAGAAUCAAUAUUUUCUAGCUGCCCAGUGUUCCCAGAACAAGUUCUGGGAUUUAGCACAGUUGAUGGAAAAGAAGAGCUAGGCAGAUAGCAACCAGGGCUGCGGAUUGCAGGCUAUUAACCACAUCAGAGGAGCCACUGUCCUUUGGCAAUCCCUGGCUUGGAAUUUCCUCUUUUUGACUUCCUAUACGCAGUCUAGCAGAAAGUCCUGUGGAUUCUGUCUUCUAAAAACUCCUAGGUCAGUCUCCUUCAUCUCACCUCUGCCAAGACUCCAUGUUAAUGCUGAUCAUCACCUCUGCUUCCAUCACCACUCUCUGUCUUCUCCUUCUAAUGACUAUUUCUUGCUGGGAUCAUCCCUUUGGGAUGAAAUCUUCAAAGUGGAAUACCUAAGUGGAAGUAUAGGUACCUUGUUUAAGGGUUUGUCAGAAUAUCUGUACCAAGGUGCAUUUCCAUCAACUUUGUAAAGGAGGGCCAGGGCCACUUUCAGGUGGCAAAAGCUCUGACAGCAGUACGCUUCAAUGAAAAGUUGACCAAAAGAAAUACAUUAAAAAGAACAAAACAAAACAGAAAAGCUAAUGCUUGUAGAAUACUUAGCAUGCACCAGGACUGGGGCAAGUGUAUGUGGUGCUCCAGAACAAAGCUUUUAUAGUUUUCAAAGCUUUGGGUUUUAUAGAUGGGAUAGUGAGACCCAGAUAGGUCAAGAAACUUGCCCAAGUUCAGACAGGACCCCCAGAGAAGGUCAGGUAAGCUUCCUGAGACCACACAGCAAGCAAGUGGCACAGCAAGGACUGAAGAUGAUGCUCGCCUCGCCUUCUCUUGCCAAGGAGACUCCCCCUUCCCUGAGUCUCAGAAGUGCCAGGGGUCUCUGAGAGAGCAGAUGAUGCGGAAAGGGGAGGCGGGAGCAUUACACGGGAGCAGGCUGUGUCUGCAGGCAGGCUGGGAAGGGGGGCUUCCGGGACUGCAGGGUCGCCAUAGCGGGUGUGAUGCAAUCACGCCCGUCGCUGCGUCAAAGGGCGGCUCCGGGGAUGCGGGAACUGCAGUAGAGCUGGUCCCCACCGCCGCCCAUCUCUCUCCCUCCGCCCGCGUGGCUAACCCAGCAGGCAACUGCUGCCGCCCACCUUCGUCCAGCCUCAGGACCACGGCCCGGAGGCACCAGCGACACCUGAUCACCUCUCCCAGCCACCAGCGACCCCUGACAACCGCCCCCAGGUACCGGCGGCCCCUGACAACGGCUGGGAGCCACCGGUAACCCCUGACAACCUCCCCACGCCACCAGUAAUCCCUGACAGCCGCCGCCAACCACCUGGGCGCCCAGGGCGCGCCAUGAAGUCGGCGGGCUCGCGCGGGGGCGGGGCGGGCGGCCGCGGGGGCGGCGGUCGCGGCGGAGGAGGCAAGGGAGCAGGAGGCAAUAGCGGCGGGGCGGGGGGCAAGGGCAGAUUCGGGGGGCGGGCACGCAGCUUCGGCGGCGGCCGGGGCCGGGGGCGCGGCGGCGGGGAUGGCAGGGACCGCGGGGGCGGCGGACAGCGGCGCGGCGGGGUGGCCAAGAGCAAGAACCGCCGCAGGAAGGGCGCCAACUUGGUGUCGGUGGAACCGCACCGGCACGAGGGCGUCUUCAUCUAUCGCGGGGCGGAGGACGCGCUGGUGACGCUGAACAUGGUGCCCGGCCAGUCGGUGUACGGCGAGCGCCGGGUCACGGUGACCGAGGGCGGCGUGAAACAGGAAUACCGCACGUGGAACCCCUUCCGCUCCAAGCUGGCCGCUGCCAUCCUGGGCGGGGUCGACCAGAUUCACAUCAAGCCGAAGUCCAAAGUGCUGUACCUGGGCGCUGCCUCGGGGACCACCGUGUCCCACGUCUCCGACAUCAUCGGUCCCGAUGGCCUGGUCUACGCAGUCGAGUUCUCCCACCGUGCCGGCCGCGAUUUGGUCAACGUGGCCAAGAAGCGAACCAACAUCAUCCCGGUCCUCGAAGAUGCCCGGCACCCGCUGAAGUACCGCAUGCUCAUCGGGAUGGUGGACGUGAUCUUCGCCGACGUGGCCCAGCCCGACCAGUCCCGCAUCGUGGCUCUGAACGCCCACACCUUCCUGCGUAACGGGGGCCACUUCCUCAUCUCCAUCAAGGCCAACUGCAUCGACUCCACCGCAUCUGCCGAGGCGGUGUUUGCUUCCGAGGUGAGGAAGUUGCAGCAGGAGAACUUAAAGCCCCAGGAGCAGCUGACCCUGGAGCCCUAUGAGAGGGACCACGCUGUGGUUGUCGGGGUCUACCGGCCCCUUCCGAAGAGCGGCGGCAAGUAGCAACCCAGCUUGGGCUGUCCCUGAGAUCUCCCCGAGGCUGCGCUGUGUUCAGUGUUACUAUGUAUAUGUUUUCAUUGCGUGUUGUUUUUCUAUUAAACGGUGUAAAGAAA